CGAUUCUGCUCGCAGAGCCCUUGCCGGGGCCAAAGGGCCAUGCCGGCAGGACCCUUCGCCUCCAGCGUUGGAGUGGGGCGGGCAGAACCCGAAUGGGCCGCCCUAAACAAAGUGCAAGAGACGGUGGGAAAGGAUCCAAUCUUCCAAGGUGGUGAAACAUCAGAAGCUCCACUCGAAUUUGAUGGAGCAGUUUUGAGUGGAGAUCUCUCCACAACAGCCAAGUCCUACGAUUUGUUGAUCGUAGGGGCCGGCUUGUCAGGUGCAGUGCUGGCAGAGCGAUGUAGCAAAGAGCUAGGUAUGAGCUCACUGAUCAUCGACAAGCGUGACCACAUCGGGGGCAAUUGCUAUGACUAUGUGGAUGAACACGGCAUCAGAUGUUCAAAGUAUGGAGCUCAUCUCUUUCACACGCAGUUUGAGCGUGUGUGGAACUACGUCUUAGAGUUCUCGGAGUGGAUCCCCUUUGAUCAUCGCGUGAAAGGCUUGGUCCCUGACAAAGACGGGGUCAAAAGAUUGGUCCCAAUCCCACCAACACAAGAAUCCGUGAACACUUUGUUUGGGGAGAACAUCAAGACCGAAGAGGAGAUGCAAGCUUGGUAUGACAAGGAAAGGAUACCUCCGGCCAGUGGUGAACCCAAGAAUGGCGAGGAAGCAGCUUUAUCCAGGGUGGGGCCACGACUUUUCGAGAAAGUCUUCAAGCACUACACCAAGAAACAGUGGGAUAAAUACCCAGAGGAGCUUGAUGCCAGCGUUCUCCUUCGGCUCCCCUGUCGCACCACCACAGAUGAUCGCUACUUCCCUGACCCAUGGCAAGCUUUGCCACUCCGUGGCUAUACUCGGAUCUUUGAGAAUAUGCUGCUGAAGGAUCCCAACAUCACAAUUCGACUGAAUUGUGAUUUCUUCCAGCAGAAACAGGAAGGGAACUUGCCGGAGCACAAGUUGUUAGUCUACACGGGGCAGAUUGAUAGCUACUAUGCAGCUUUGGGCAUGCCCAAGUUGGAGUAUCGUUCUCUGAGAUUUGAGGAGGAAUUUCUUCAGGAUCCGGAGAGAGGCUUUUUCCAAGAGGCUAUGGUGGUGAACCAUCCAUCGCCUGAUGUGCCCUUCACGCGAAUCGUGGAGUACAAGCACAUCCCCAACCAACCCACAGCGGUGAAGGAAGGGAAGGUGAAAGGAAGUCUUAUCGCCAGGGAAUUCUCCUCAGCUGAGGGUGAGCCAUAUUAUCCCGUUCCAAAUCCUGCCAACAGGGAACUUUAUGAGAAGUAUGCUGCUUUGGCCGCCAAGGAAGAAGGUGUGGCCUUCGUGGGGCGCUUGGCUUCUUACAAGUACUUCAACAUGGAUCAGGCGAUCCUGAACGCCUUGGAGAUGUUUGACAACUUGAAGGAGACGGGGAAGCUGGAACCCAAACGAAAGCCGGAGGACUUUGGACCGGGUGAUGGUCCCAAAUGAGCGCGGCGCGGCGUACCUGGGUGGCCUGGGUGGCAAUGGUCCCCAGGGCUAAGUCUCACCUCUGUGACAUUGGGUCCCGAUCUGUCCCGAAGACAGAAUCCGCUACGUUUCGCAGCUUUUGAGAAGGCAACGAUAGAGUGAUGUGCUGCAAUCUUUGUUGCUUUCCGGGAUGUUCCACAUUUGUUUCGUUCGGGAUUCGGACCACAUGUUUUGCAUAGUUUUGCAACCACCUUGACACUGAACUGUCGAGGAAGGACUUAACGAGCGGAGGACUUGCAGAAUUCCGCCCUGGUUCGGUUUCAGUAGGGGACUCGUGUGCGGAGUGUGCAGAAAAAGUUUCAGCAUUUCGCACUUGAAGCCGAAUUUCAAGUCUUUGCAUUUCAACA